AGUAUCCUGAAGAAGGACAUCCCCUGCCUUUCCCCUACAUGGCCUCAGCUAAAAUGUAUCUACUUCGAUUACAAGGAGGAGCUGCCUGACGCCGCCUACAUGCACCAGCUCCUUGGACUGAACCUGCUCUUCCUGCUCUCACAGAACCGCGUGUCUGAGUUUCACACAGAACUCGAGAGACUGAGCGCCCGAGACAUUCAGACCAACGUAUACAUCAGACACCCGGUGUCCUUAGAGCAGUAUUUGAUGGAGGGAAGCUACAACAAGGUAUUUCUGGCCAAAGGCAACAUCCCCGCUGAGAGCUACACCUUUUUUAUAGAUAUUCUGCUCGACACAAUUCGUGACGAGAUCGCGGGUUGCAUAGAGAAAGCGUACGAGCAGAUCCAGUUCAGUGAAGCCACCCGUGUGCUUUUCUUCAGUUCGCCCAAAAAGAUGACAGACUAUGCCAAGAAGAGAGGAUGGAGUUUGAGCCCCGACGGCUAUUACUCUUUCACCACUCAGCAGCAGCGGACAGAAGAGGUGACCAUCCCCUCCACGGAGCUGGCACAACAGGUCAUCGAAUAUGCACGACAGCUGGAAAUGAUUGUGUAAUCCGCCCCCGGGAAACACACUCGACCAUGUACAGGCACACUCAGACACACGCCGCCGAUCCAGUGUGCAUCCAGUCGGCUCAAACGCAGUUCUCCUGAGGAAUAUCAGAUUCAUUGAUUGCCAGAGUGGAUUUUGUUUUGUCCCCAUACCUCGGAAAUGUGUUAUUCUUUCUGUAUUGUUUGGUUUCAUUUUUAAAAGAUGGGGAACAAAAGUAAAAGUACGACAGACGACCAGUGCGUUCAGGAAUUUCUUCACUUCUAUCUUUAUUGAAGACAUUUGAGGGUUUAAAUGUAGUAGUUCACUUUUUUUAAUCCAAGAUCUAUUCCAACACUGAAAUUCAGCUGGUGACCCAACAAGAAGAACUUAAGUCCAGCUACUACAUUUAACACUCUCGAGUUUCAGCUCUUGUUUUUUUUUUUAUUUUAGAAGUAGAUGAAAGUUAAAAACAACCACCACCUUGUGACUUUUCUGUUUCACACAAAACUACCAACAGAACUAAACAUUUCCCCCCCAAAUUCGAGCAAACUCUUUUUGUAUACAAAGUUCAUUUUCUCCUCAAGAGCUCACAGAAAUGUAUUGCCCUCGCCUUGUAUCCUAGCAACUGAGAGAAUUGCCACUGAAGUUUGAGUGUUUUCUAAAUGGUAAUGCCUCUUCCUCCCUAGAUGGUUUGUAAUCCAGUUUAUCUUAAAAUGAAAAUCUUUGUCUGCAAUAAACGAUUCAGAAAAUAAACUUGAA